AGGCUGCGCAAAAUUUGUGAUAUAUGACGCUCUUAAACACGUCUCACUCGCUUGUUUUUCCGACGCUGUGUACAGUCAGGUCUUUAGUGCAAUAUUGUUCACUGACCGAAGUUAGUGGAGGAAAUCGGGAAACGCUGUUCGCAUAUGCAAAAUGAGGUUUACUAUUUGUGCAGCCAAACCUGAAGACUGUCGAGAUAUAGCGCGCAUGAUUAUGGAAUUGGCCGUUUAUGAAAAGAUGCCUGACCAAGUGAAGAUUUCCCAUAAAGAGUUGGAGAGGGAUGGAUUUGGCCCCAAUCCUUUUUACCAAUGUCUUGUAGCCGAGGUACCUGAGGAGCACAAGUCUAAAGAUGGACAUACCAAGGUUGGCUACGCUCUCUUCUUUUAUACAUAUAGCACUUGGAAAGGGAGGACUGUGUAUAUGGAAGAUCUGUAUGUGAUGCCAGAGUACAGAGGUAAAGGCAUUGGAAAGGCUUUAAUGGCAACUGUUGCCAAAGUGGCCAAAGAGCAGCAUUGUGUGCGUUUACAGCUCUCUGUGCUGGACUGGAACAAGCCCUCUCUAGACUUUUAUUUGGCUAAAGGUGCAGAGGACCUCACAGCUAAAGAGGGCUGGCAUUUUCUCCGUUUUCAUGGAAUAACUCUGGAUAAUCUAGCACGAGAAGCACCUUAAAGAACAUUAAGACAUGUGACAAGUUUAGUUAAUGUCAGUAGGAAUACUUACUGUAUAGUUUUUCUUUUCAUGUUUUAAUACCAUUUUGUAAUAAACAUCUCGCAA